UUCAGCGCUUGUUGAGCUGCUGAACCGGGUUAGGUGUGGAGUCUCAUAUGUACAUUUCCGUUGUUGUGCAGGAAGUUUGUGUAUAACUUUAUACUUAAAGAUGACUUAAAUACCACUGAAGAUACAGGAUAAAAUGCAUCACUCAGGAGUGUUCUGUGCCAGUGGGCAGGAGCCCCGGUCUCUAAUGAAGAUGGGCCUGUGUCUGGUGUUGGUGGGCCAUGUGAAUUUUCUGUUGGCAGCGCUGGUCCAUGGCACAGUGUUGAGGCAUGUCGGCCAUAACAUCCAGACGCUGGAGUACACCCUCCCCAACAUUUUGGCUCUAAUAGCUGGCCUUGUGGGAAUCUUAGUUGGAAUUCUCACUAUAGUCCUUUCUAGAAAUGUGAAGAACCGAGUCCUGAUAUGGUGGGUGUGCGUGAUGAGUGCAGCAGGGGGCGUGCUGGCUGCUGCUUCAGUCGUUGGGCUGCUGGUCGCUUUGGUUUGGACGUUAAUUUACAGCACCAAAGGCCUUCUGCUCCACUGCAAACUACCUGAUGAAAUGAGCUACUUCAGCAUCACUUUUGAGUGUCCCUUUGACCCCACACGCAUUUAUGGUACCACUCUGAUCCUGUGGGUGCCGCUGAUCGUGAUGAGUGUGGUGGAGUUGGCGGUCUCGGGGCGUUGCUGGGUCGUGUCCAUUGCUUUAAUCCGCCGCAAAACAAGAAUUCACUGCGAGACCAGUCCGGUGAAGACCCUCAGAGCAGCUGUGCCCCCAGUGCUCCCCCACAGUGUCCCACCACCCCACCGUUACCAUAGAGACCAUGAGCUAGUAUGUCCCCCUGAACAGCAUGAGCUGCUGCGAGCGUCUCGGCCAUACAGCUCGAGCCGCUCGGCCCAGAACAGAGCAGCCUCAUCAUCUCAAUUCAACAGAGCCUCACUCAACAGGGCCAGCUUCUGGAUCUAAUUAGAAGCCUUUGUAUUACUUUGACCAAACUUGAGUCCUUUUCGAACAGGGCCGAGGAAGGAAACGCAACUGGAGUGCGUGGCUGGGCAAAAGUGGUGCAUUCCAGAAGAGUUUACCGAUGACGUGUGUAGGCCAUGUCUGCUGGUUUGGUUUGAUUUGAUAUGAUAUGAAAAAACACACUUUAAUAGUGCUUUUUCAUGAAGGGAGAAAAAUGCAGGAUGGAGAAACUUAGUCUGGCAUGGUGCCUGGUGUGCAUAUGAGACACGUUGAGGACUAGAACACAUUAACCAAUGGAGUUGGGACAUUUUUGAGAAGUGGGGAUAUUGUAUCUAGUCCUCGUUGUCCAAGAGCUGUUUGAGGGUUAAGAUUAAGUGUUCAGGUUGGGCACUUUGUGAUGGUUAGCAUAAAGAAACAGGGAAUUAAUUACAUCAAUGAGUGUCCCUUUAAAAGGUGUGAGAGUGAGGUUAAAAUGAGUUUGUGUGCUUUUUUUUUUUUAAAUUUAAACAUGUAAAAGAUUAGAUGCUGAACAGAUUUCAGUGUGUGUUUUUUUUUUUUUUUUUUCUU